CAUGUUUACCAAUAGAAAGGAAAAACCCGCUAAAAACCCAGCGACUUUCAUACGAGCCGAACUCGGCGACCUCUUGCAAUCGAACCGUUUCCAGCGCCCCCUUGCAAUCAAACGGUUGAGGCUAGAAACCGCCUCUCUUGAAUCUGACUCGACAAUCACAGUGGUCAAGCUUUGUUGUCUUGCAAAUUUGCAAGACUCCAAUAUUUGAAACCACUGGUAAUGCUUAAACAUCUCAAAUUUCCCCCAAUUUUCUGUACAGUUCAAUCCAAAAGGUUAGAAACCCUAAAUCCACUUACCCUAUUCAUUAGAUAUUUCCAUUUUCAAUCGAAGCUGGGUUUUAAUUCUUCGAGCCCAUCAUCAUGUUUGGCACCCCAGAAAAUUGUAGAAAACAGUGUUGCGAUUUUCUGGGAUUUGGAUACCAAACCACCUAAAUCAGUGUCGCCCUACGAAGCCGCCGUCAAGCUCAAGACGGCGGCUUCGUCUUUUGGGCUCGUUCGCCAUAUGAUAGCGUAUGCGAACCGCCAUGCGCUUAAUUAUGUUCCACAGGUUGUCAGAGAAAGGAAAGAGAGGAACAGGGUUGUGAUUAGGGAUGGUGAAUUGAACGUUUGUAGGGUUUGCGGGAGGAGGUUUUAUACUAAUGAGAAGCUUUUGAAUCAUUUCAAGAUUCAUGAGAGGGAGCAUGCGAAGAGGUUGAACCAGAUUGAGUCUGCUAGAGGGAGCAGGAGGGUGAAGCUGGUGGGCAAGUAUUCAAUGAAGAUGGAGAAGUACAAGAAUGGUGCAAGGGAUGUCUUGACACCCAAGGCGGGGAGGGGUUUGGCGGACGAGGUGAAGCGGGCAGGGUUUUGGGUUCGGAGCGUGGUGGAUAACCCUCAGAGGGUGGAUGCUGCAUUAAGGAAUCACAUUGUGGAUAUGAUGGAUCACAAGAGAGCUGAGUGUUUGAUGCUUGUGUCGGAUGAUUCGGAUUUUGUGGAUGUUGUGAUGGAGGCCAAGCUGAGAUGUCUCAAAACAGUGGUUGUGGGGGAUUUUGGGGACGGGGCUCUGAAGAGGGCUGCGGAUUCGGGGUUUUCUUGGAAUGAAAUUCUAAUCGGGAAAGCGAAGAAGGAGGCGGUGUCAGUUGUGGGGAAAUGGAAAGACCGUGAUGUGUUGAAGAGAUUGGAGUGGACAUACAAGCCAGAUGAGGAGCAAAGUGUGAAUAGCUGGGAUGAUGAGGUUGAUGGUGAAAGCGAGGAUGAGGAAAUUGAAGGUAUUGUUGAUGGAGUGAAUGACAAUUCGGGGAAGGAUGUUAGUGGCAGAUGGUGGGAGCUUGACUCUGAUGCUGAUUCCUCUAAAUGCUGAUCUUUUGGUGAUUGAGUGAAAAAGUCUGUUUAAAAAGGGGGGAGCAUUAAUGAGAGAGAGAGAGAGAGAGAGAGAGAGAGAGAGAG